UAGCCAAUCCGUUUCCCUCGCGGAUAUGCUUACGUGGCGUAUUUCCGCUAUUAAUUGGUCAUCGCCGGCAGCUUCAAAUUCCUUCCCGAGAGGGUGUGAGAGAGAGAUGAAAAUCGUUCCAAUUGCUUGUUUAGAAGACAACUAUGCAUACCUAAUCAUAGAUGAGAAUUCCAGAGAAGCAGCAGCCGUUGAUCCCGUUGAACCUGAGAAGAUCCUGCAGACAGCCGUAGAGAAUGGUGUUGAUCUGAAGCUCGUCCUUACCACUCAUCAUCACUGGGAUCAUGCUGGCGGGAAUGAGAAGAUAAAGCAGUUGGUUCCUGGAAUUAAAGUUUUUGGGGGGUCAAUAGACAAUGUGAAGGGAUGCACUAAUAAGUUGGAAAAUGGUGAUAAGCUGGUGUUAGGAACUGAUGUGAAUAUAUUGUCCCUCCAUACACCCUGCCACACCAAAGGUCAUAUAAGUUACUAUGUGACAAGCAAAGAGGAAGAAGACCCAGCUGUGUUUACUGGAGAUACGUUGUUUGUUGCUGGUUGUGGGAAAUUUUUUGAAGGUACAGCAGAACAGAUGUAUCAGUCGCUAUGCGUCACAUUGGGGUCUUUGCCGAAACCUACUCGAGUUUUUUGUGGUCAUGAGUACACAGAAAAGAAUCUGCGCUUUGCAUUGACAGUUGAACCAGAGAAUGGAAAGACAAGGGAGAAACUCUCAUGGGCCCAGCACCAGCGACAGGGGAAUUUGCCAACCAUCCCUUCUACCAUAGGGGAAGAAUUGGAAACCAAUCCAUUCAUGCGGGUCGAUCUUCCGGAACUACAGGCAAGAGUGAACUGCCAGUCUCCUGUUGAAGCACUGAAGGAAAUACGGAGGCUGAAAGACAAUUGGAGAGGCUGAUGGUGGAAAGAUCCAUCAAGGUAUGCUCCUGCCUUUGUUGAUCGAUGAGUGCUCAACAGGUUUAUGUAAUUUUGAACUCUGUCAUGUUGUAUCGGACACUGUCGAGGCGGGUGUCUCCCAUCCAUAGAGAACUGUGGUUGGACGCUGUCAAGGUCCGUAUCUCCCAUGCAUAAAAGAACUGCUGUCAGAUGCUGUCCAGGUGGGUAUCUCCUAUCCAUAUGGAACAGUGGAUAUCAAAAACUCCAGGUGGAAAUUUGAAUGCUUUGAA